AUGAGUUCAACCAUCUUGACAAGCUUGAACCUCAAGCUACUAUUAAUAGGUAACUCCAGUGUCGGCAAAUCAUCGUUAUUACUUCGAUUCACGGACGAUGAAUUUCUAUCGGAUGAGGAGACAUCCGCUACUAUAGGUGUUGAUUUCAAAGUGAAGAGUAUAGAGCUAGAUGGCAAGAAGUACAAACUGUCUGUUUGGGAUACGGCAGGUCAAGAACGAUUUAGGACGUUGACAUCAAGUUAUUAUAGAGGCGCACAGGGUGUCGUACUAGGUGAGUCAUGGUAUCAUUGUAACCAAGCUGAUAGGUUAGUGUACGACGUAUCAUCCCGGCAAACAUUUGACGAAUUGCUGAAAUGGUUCAAGGAGAUCGAUACGUACUGUGGGGAAGGAGUAGUAAAGAUGAUAGUGGGAAACAAGGUUGAUAAAGAAUUCUCGAGACAGGUUACCACCGAUGAAGGGAGAGCGUUUGCCCAACGGAUGGGAGCUCUGUUUGUAGAGUGCUCGGCGAAGACGAAACUAAGAGUUCCGGAAGCGUUUGAGGAGUUAGUAAGAAGAAUAUUGGCAACACCCGCAUUAUGGUCCAAGACUUCUGCUACACCCUUACGCAGGUCUGAGCCUAUCAAAUUAGAAGAUGACAGUUGGUCUAGCGGAGGUUGUAGCUGUUAA